ACUGGCAGUUAAAAACCCAUCACACUAUGCAGUCAGGAUUGGCUGGCAUCUUUAUUCCCUUGCAGUUUGGAGUCCAGACACUGUUCUGCGCUCUCGUACCGUGAGAGGAGCCCGUCCUGCCGGGUGGAAGACUCUCUGACAGCUCCUGGUCUGUGAAACUCACCAGCAGCAUUUCAGCCUUCACACCGGCGCACACGGACAUGCAGGCGUCCUCGGGAGCGCACUGACUGUUCAGGGAGCGAUGGACGCUUCUGCACAGAGCCAGGGGACUGCUGGGGGGUUUGUUGGGUGGGAGAGGGAGAAGCUGAAGGCGUGAGAAGGAGGAGGAGGAUGGCGUCUGUUUCGAUUUAAGCAAUUGGACAGUAUAGUCUGUCGCCUGGCAGUAAUCCGCUUGCCGGGAGGAGCAGGGAAAGCCCCAUCUAGACUGAAACAGGGAGAGGGAGGAAGAGUUUUAAGUCGGACUGGGAUAGAGAGAGUUGACAAGAGUGCUUGAUCGUAUUUGGAGCUUUUGUCCUGCUGAUGGAAGCUUAAAUGAACUGACUGAUACAGACUGAGGACGAUUAUUAAAGCUGUGAACUGUGGAAUUCAUCAUGAGUGGACCGACAAAUGCUGUUCAGUACCAAUCAGGUCUUUAUGGAGGAAACAACAAUAGCAGCUCUCCUCUCUCCAGCCAUGGAAAUUCACCCAUUGUGUGCGAGCGCUGUGGGGAGGUGUGUCGUGGGGAGGUGGUGCGCGUCAAGAACACACACUUUCAUGUUCACUGCUUCACCUGUCAAGUAUGCGGCUGUGAUCUGGUGCACUCGGGUUUCUUCCACCACUCUGGCGAGUACAUCUGUACCGAGGACUACCAGCGUCUCUAUGGGACCCAGUGUGACAGCUGUGACCAGUACAUCACCGGAGAGGUGGUAUCUGCCCUGGGCAGGACAUACCACCCACACUGCUUUGUCUGCAGCCUCUGCAGGAGUCCCUUCCCUAUUGGAGACAGGGUGACCUUCUGCGGGAAGAAGUGUGUGUGUCAGCAGUGCUCACACACUCUGAAGAGCGACAAGCCGGUCAAGGUCCAUGGACCAAGCUACUGUGCAGGAUGUGGCGAGGAGAUCAAACAGGGUCAAUCUCUGCUGGCUCUGGAGAGACAGUGGCACGUCAGUUGUUUUAAAUGCCGAACAUGCGGCUGUGCGCUCACUGGAGAGUACAUCAGCAAGGAUGGGAUACCUUACUGUGAGACUGACUACCACACUCAGUUUGGGAUCAGGUGUGAGGGCUGUAACAGAUACAUCAGCGGCAGAGUACUGGAGGCUGGAGGGAAGCACUACCAUCCCAGCUGUGCCAGGUGUGCCCGCUGUCACAUGAUGUUCCUGGAAGGAGAGGAAAUGUACCUAGCAGGUUCAGAAGUUUGGCAUCCGAUGUGUAAAGAAGCAGCUCGGUUGGAGAGAAAACUGAGGCUGAGACGUACCUCUGAGACGGCGUCCAUUUCUCCUCCGGGCUCUUCUCCCCUCCUCGGCUCCCCUCACCGGCUCAUCUGCUCUAAGGUUGAUAGUAAUGUUUUGGACUACAAGCAGCUGGCGGCUCUGCCCAGGGUCAAAGCCAUAUAUGACAUCCAGCGGCCCGACAUCAUCCCUUAUCAGGCCGACCACGCACACACACACCUCUCAGAUGACACUCUGGAGCGAUACAGCUGCGGACAGUCAUUGGGCUCCUUAUCGCCGUACUCGCAUGAUCUCUUGGAUGGCGUGGAGUUGAGAACGAGGCGUUCCUCCAGCUCUGCCUUCACUGAUUCUCCUGCACAGAGUCGCCACGGAGGGUCCCCACUGCAUUAUUAUCUCCCAGGCAGUGAGAGUGGCAGGAGUUCACCCUAUUACAGUCAGCCAGAGCCCAGGUGCGCCACACCCACCACCACAACCCUCCAAGCCCCCAAGCAUUUCCAUGUGCCAGCAUCUGAGGAAACCAACAUCUACAGGAAACCCCCCAUCUAUAAGAGACAAGACAUCUCUGCCUCUCCGACAGCCAGUAAGAGAAAGACCAACGAGAACCUCGUCAAUUCCAGUCGUCUUUCCACCUCCAACUGUAACAGCAUCUAUCACCCUGACUCCAACUACUACCCAUAUGCUGGCUCUCCAAAAGUCUCCAGAACGAGGAGGUUUUCAUCUGGAGGGGAAGAGGAUGGAUGGAAUCAUAAUAUAAACAAGGGGAUCGGCAGGUUGAUCCUAAAGGAGGAGAUGAAGGCGCGGUCAGGCUGUCACGACAAUGACCAGUGGGGGAGCAGACGCAGUUCCCGCUCUAGCAGCAGGGAGGCGCUGAACAGUCUUGGAGGAUAUAGCUCCCUGAAUGGCUCUCCCAGGUCCGUCUACAGUGUAGACAGUGAUUCAUACAUUUCCAAAUCAGCCUCGUUGCCAGGCUACGGCAGAAAUGGACUAAACAGGCAGCCUGGGAGUGCUGGUGCAGAUUAUUACCAGUAUGACAGCAGUAAUGCAGUUAAUUGGCAGAUCAGAGAAUACAAGAUCUACCCAUAUGAAGCUCUAAUGGUGUCAGUCAGAGGACAGCAGCGUCUCCCCAGUGAUGUGGACCGAGCCAGACUAGAGCGUCACCUCUCACCAGAGGAGUUCCACAGAGUCUUUGGCAUGUCCAUGAGUGCCUUUGAUCAUCUUGCUCAGUGGAAGAAGAAUGAACUUAAGAAACAGGUCCGACUCUUCUGAGAAUAUCAAGUGUAACCCACUGCCCACAGGAUGAAUACAAAUACAAAAGUCUUUCUCCCUUUGAAGUGACAAGAAGAAGACAACUUGUGGCCUCCUGUUCUCAUUGUGCUGUAACUGGUAUGCUUGGACUUCUUAAGUAAUACAUAAGAAGUCAGCCUACUGGUGAAAAUGAUGAACUGCUAUGAGAGGAAGGAAGACUGGACUGGACAGCAUGAAGACCACAAAAGACAGAAGAUGAGCAACGCACAGGCAAGUUGACAAACAGAGGGAGAAGUUCGCUGCUUCUCUCUUUUCCACCAGCAGAUGGCAAUGUGUUAACAUGAGAUCAGGAUGGUAGUCUAUAAGACAGGCUGGACUUUAUGCUGACAUGCUUCAUACCAUACUGAGGGUCUACAGUCAAUGGUCUGCACUCUCUGCCCAAACUUGCCCACAUGCCAUCAGCGAGUGAGAAAGACUGUUUUGUUGUUGAUGGCAAAGAAGAUCCAGUUUUAGUCACAAACACAGACGUUAUCCUCAGUGGCUCAUAAGCUGACAAACCAGGUGAAGAGGAUUGGUGUGUUUCUGAACAUUAGGGUUACUGUGCAUAAUAUACACAUGAUGUUUUUAUAAAGUGCUGAUACUGAAAACCAAAGGUUUUCUUCUCCUUUUUUAAAAUGCUGGCAUGUGUUUGAGUUUGCUGUCUGUCUGUUUUUUCUGAAGCCAUAUAAGUGUUUGGAGUUCUUUUCUAUGACAUGAGCAGACAAGUGUUUGGUUUCUUUAUAUUAUGUGAUUAUAAGGUUAAAUGUGAAUGAAAUGUGUCACAGCUCUUAGCUCAGAGAUGUUAGUAAAGUUAAAAUGAGGCUUUGGUACUACACACACUAUAAAAUAACGUUUACUUAUUUUAAGAAAACAGUUUUUUUUUAUUUAUUAAAUUUUAAUUGCAGUUGCACAUAUGGCACAGCUCAGCUCCAGAUGGAUUUGUUUGUGUGUCUGUGUGUUUAAAUGACCGAUAGAUGCAUUUAAUGGAUAAUGUAAAAUCCUUUGAAUAAUGAGAUUUUUUUUUCUGACAUGACGGAAGGAAAUAGGAUGAAGGAUGUGGAGAAGGAGGAAGAAACAAGGGGAGAAAACAAAGAAAGAUCCAAAAGGAAAAGAGGCUCUCACAAAGUUUAAUGAAAAAAAGUUUUCAUGUCAGAAAAGGAAAGUGAAUAGAUUUAAUAGUUUGUUGCAAAGAGAAAGAUUAGUGUGUUGGUGUGCACGAGUGUGUUGUAAUUGAAUGUAAGAGAUGGGAUCAUUUUACUGUCUAUUGUCAGGGCUGAAACUAUUAGGUGUGUAUGUGUGUGUCUGCGUGUAUUUAUAGGUCUAUUACAAUAAUUUAUCACAUUUACCGUAUUAAAUGUGUGCAAGACUUCAAGACUAAAGUCUAUAAUCUAACUUAUUUUUUAUUUAUUGGAACAAGAUUUGCAACCCCAUGUCUGUCACUACAACUGCUAAAUAAAUGAUUCAAACACUAUUCUUAUUAAUAA